AUGGUCAUGGCCGAAAACUCUGUUCGAAUACUACAGUUUGACCCAGCUACAGGGAAAUUCAAAGUGGUAACAAAGGAAAACAGUGAUAAUUUCGCUGGUGUAGAUUCGUCCACUCCGGGGUUAUGUUUGGCCGCCGAUGUGAAAGUAUCACAUGAGAAAGAAAAGUUAAGUUUGAUAAAGACAGUUGAAUCGUGGUGGCGGGGAAAAACGAGAAAGGAAGAAGUUGCGUUCGAAACCUUGCGCCUUUCAUGCAAAUCUGACACGUAUCAAGAAGGCCACAGAUAUGGUGGAGUAAUCAUUUACCUAUACAAAGCCAAAAGCGAGUCAGAAUGGAAAAGUGAUUGGAGAACCUGCAACAACACUCAUUGCAAGACUGGCUAUAUCGUCAUUCAAGACACCGAUUCGGAAAAUGUUAAGAAGUGGAUUGGGAAAGAACCUGGUAAAGUUCACGGAGCUGUCUAUAGAAAUGCCUUCGGUGAAUCUGUGAACGACGCGGAUGUCGUUGGCGAAGGUUUUGCAUUUCGUAGCAACUUUGAAAUAGUUUCACGCACUCUCAACAAUGCAAACGAUCAAUUUCACGACGAGAAUGAAACGAUGAAUAAACCGUCUGCCCAUUGCGUGAGAAAGAUUGUCACGGAGUAUUGGAAGGACGGAGGUUCUUCCUACAUCGGACAUACUUUUAAAGUAAAAGAUUUACUCUGGGAUUUUAAGGACUAA